AGGAAUCCGGGCCACACACCUGCUACGAGGACGCUCUGAGCAGGCGCGGGUGCAGGUUACAGGAAGGUCGGGCAUCAGCUGAUUCCAUCAUCCUGCGGUCCCUCCCCCCUCCUGACUCCGGGGCGACCCUGCAACAGAGCGGGGUCGUCUCUUCAGCCCCAGCUCCUGGACUGCGUACUUCGUGACCCUGUCCUCGAGCCUGUCCGCGCUGGAGCUGCUCGGAACUGCACAGAAAUCCUCUUGCCGGUGAGCGACCCCGGACGCGCAGCCCCCAGACAUGGGACAUUCUUUUUCUCAUUUGCCUUUGCAUUCAAACAAAGAAGAUGCUUAUGGAGGAGUCGCAUCAACGGAAAACAUGAGGAAUGGAUUGGUUAAUAGUGAAGUCCAUAAUGAAGAUGGAAGAAAUGGAGAUGUCUCUCAGUUUCCAUAUGUGGAAUUUACAGGAAGAGAUAGUGUCACUUGCCCCACUUGUCAAGGAACAGGAAGAAUUCCUAGGGGGCAAGAAAACCAGUUGGUGGCAUUGAUUCCAUAUAGUGAUCAGAGAUUAAGGCCAAGAAGAACAAAAUUGUAUGUGAUGGCUUCUGUGUUUGUCUGUCUGCUGAUUUCUGGAUUGGCUGUGUUUUUCCUUUUCCCUCGCUCUAUCGACGUGAAAUACAUUGGUGUAAAAUCAGCAUACGUCAGUUAUGAUGAUACAAAGCAUACAGUAUAUUUAAAUAUUACAAACACAUUGAAUAUAACGAACAAUAACUAUUAUUCUGUUGAAGUGGAAAACAUCACUGCACAAGUUCAGUUUUCAAAAACAGUUAUUGGAAAGGCACGCUUAAACAACAUAACAAAUAUUGGUCCACUAGAUAUGAAACAGAUUGAUUACACAGUACCUACUGUCAUAGCAGAGGAAAUGAGUUAUAUGUAUGAUUUCUGCACACUGAUGUCCAUAAAAGUGCAUAACAUAGUACUCAUGAUGCAAGUGACUGUGACAACAACCUACUUUGGGCACUCGGAACAAAUAUCCCAGGAGAGAUACCAGUAUGUUGAUUGUGGAAGGAACACAACUUACCAGCUGGGUCAAUCUGAAUAUCUGAAUGUACUUCAGCCACAGCAGUAAACAUUGAAAGAGAUGCAGCUAGAGAAGAAGAAAUCCCUAUUGAUAGUUUUUAAACUCUGAAGGAUGAGGUACUUACUUCCUGAUAGGAGAUCUUAAAUUAAACAAACCUAAAAUGCAGCUAAAAGUAUGUGGACUUCCAAGUUUCUGCAGCUCUUCACUCUGUGUUCAUGAUAUUUGUACCAGGAUCUCUACUUUAAUCUAAAUUUACUGAUUGGUUUUCUUCCCUCCCCACCCCAUACUCCCAUUUCCCCGAGGGGGAAACUGAGACUUCCCUUACAGGACAAUAAAUAUUUAAAAUUCACAGCUCUAGUCACUAUUGAAAACAUGAGUUUGGUAAUGAACAUAAUUUGAGAAAACUUUAUUUCUGAAAGUUUUUAUAGACUGUUCCUGAUAGCCUGUCCUUUAUGAAAGACUUUUAAGGAAUAACCUUUUCUUCCUCUUAUAAAUUCCCAUUGCUACAAGGGAGUAUUUCAACUAUAUCAUAUUUUAUCUUUAAACAUUUUUAGUUUUUCAUUUGUUGAAUUUCUACUUAUUUGCAUUUUUGUCCAUCUUAUUUCAAACCAGUGCUUAAAUAAUACUUAUAGACCAAAAUAAUCUUUGCAAAAUUCUGUACCUAAAAAUUUUAAAUCUCUCUAAAUAAUGUUUCACAUGUCUUUCCAUUUUAUAGUUUUAUGAAGUUUUUGUGUAAUCUCGAAACAUAGUUAAUGUACAAUAUUGUAAAUAAACUGUGCAUGGCUUUUAUACAGCUUUAAUAAAUGUCAAAUAAAGUGACACAGAUUCAAAAUAAAGUAAGUAGCUCAUAAAUAUAAAACAGGAAAUGGAAUUCAGAAAUCUACAGAAUGUGAAUGUUUCCAUUUGCAUAUUAGAUCAGGCAUAAAGUAGAUUUGAAAUAAAUUACUUGAUGCUCCACUUCUUUUUAAUGUUGCUUUUCAUACUGAAAAUUGUGAAGAUACUUUUCACAACUAUUAUGUACCCAACUCAUCAAUUUUAAUGCUUCAGAGGUAGAAAUUAUUUCUUUAGUUGAAAUUAUUUAAGAAAUAUUAUUAUUAAAUGAUGGUGGCCAUAUCAAAAUAAAACCUGUAUUAUGAUUUUAAAAAUUUAAUCACUUUGCACAUCAUGUCGAUAUCAUGCACCUAGCGGGUACAUUUUUAAAGUUUUUACCUUAGGUUUGGAUUUUAUUUAAAAUUUUUUUCAAGUGUAAAGUACUGACUGACUUUGUUGUUUUAUACUCUCAGUACCAUUUACCAGUUGGACUUUUUGCCUUUUCACUUACCAAGGUCUAAGUACCUUUUAAAUACAUACCACUGAGUGUAGGGGCUGACUGUCAUACCAAAAAAAGGGAAGGGGUGGCUUCAGAUUAGUUUCUGUUUCCCAGUAACAGAAAUCAGGUUCCCCCUAACCUCCCCAAAAGUGCCUCACUUAGGUCUGAAACAUGUCUAUUUAUCAGUCUGACUCUCAACUUUAAAAUAUACACUGUAUUUAAUUAUUUAGAUCAAUUAUUAAUAAUUGAUUGUUUAAUAAUUAAUGGUUAUUAAUUAUUGAUAAGUAUUUAAUAAUUAAUACUUAUUUAUUACGAAGCCCUCCUUCUGCCUUUAGACACACUCAGGCCUUCCUUUGGCUUUCAUGUCAUUUUCUCCAAGUUUCCCAGAGUGAACAUUUCAAAUACAUAGUUAGAAUGCUCUUUAUUUUUUUAAACUACUUUAUCUUCCCUUAAUUCAUUCCUAAUUCAUCUAUUCUUACUGUUAACUAAAACUCACUUUUUAACAUACACUAUAGACUUCCUAAUCAAACCCAAUCUUUAUUUUAAUUUUUCCUUUUUUUGGACCACUCGCGUUCUUGAAGCUGCGCAUUUCUGUGGCAUAUUGAUUCUAUUUGUGUUUUACCAUUCUCGGUUCAUUUUCCCUCACUAUCUUUUGACAUCUUUUAAUGAGUAUUAUGUAGACCCUCUAGACCCUGUUUUGCCUCAGAAUUUCUACUCCUGUGAUGUUAACAUCCAUAUAUAUCAGGGCUUCCAAGUCUGUUUCUACAUACUUGACUAAUCCCUCAUCCAGUUUCUCAUUCAGCUAGUGACCUAGAGGUAAUCGUAUUUCAGUGACUAAGUGUAAAACCAAAAAAUGUUUUAUCAUUUUUUGUUUUGUUCUUGUUCUCAUGUCCUAUUUCCUUCAAAAUCACAUUUAUUCCUUCAGAAUGAUCCUUCAGAUAUGUAUUUUAUGAAAAUCCUGAUUUAUUUUCUUGCUUUGUAUCUUUAACUCUAGGAAAAUUAUGUAGUGUAAAUUAAAUGGAUUUUUUGUUGAUUGGUGGUUCUGAUACUCUUUUAGAAUAGAUUCAGAGUAACGAUUGAAGAGGCAGGAAAGUGAGGGAACAUUUGCUUUUAAUGACUUAGUUUAAGUGUUUUUUUCAUUCAUUCUCUAAAUUAAAAACUUACUUUCUGUGAGUUUUAAGUCAGAAUAAAACUAGAAUUUAAAAUAAGUAAAAAACCAGUAGUGGAAAAAUAAAGAUCACCUAUGGCUACUUUCAUAGGGUUAAGUAACUACCAGAAAUAGCUUAAAACAGAGCAGGCAGUGAAUUAAUAAAACUCCAGAAACACAUUCAGGUAAAUCUGAAUUAUAGCCAUUUAAAAAUAUCUGGAAAGAAUGAAUGAGGUUUAUCUUUUCUUAGGUCAUUGUCCAAUGUAGUUUCUUACAUGGUAAUAGGAUAGGUAUCAACGCAGUUUUUAAAACUGCUCUCAGACCUUAUCCAAAGGACAUGGUAAAGAUGUCACAAUUUUUUUUUCCAAAAAUUCCGAGAAUAACCUCCUCUUAAACUACACUUUUAAUAUACUGAUCAUUCUUACCAAGUAGCAUACUGUAGCAAGCCUCUGUGUGUUGAGAUUACAUGUAUAUAGUGCUAUGUCCUUUCCAGAGCACUUCCAUGUGUUUUUCUUAGAUGAUUUCUUAGAGCCUUGUGAGUUGGGGAAAAGAGGGUGGUAGGAGUCUCAGCUUUUAGAGAAGGAAGGAGAGGCUUGGAGAAGUUGAGGACUUGCUGACAUGUAAAAGAGUUCAACAGGCCAGAUGGGAGUUUUUCUCUCUCCCAUAUUUGUGCUCUAUCAUUUAGAACAUCCAUUUGAAAGCCCUGUAUUGACUCAGGUACUAUGAUCAAAAAUUAGAGAAACUGUUCACAUGCUUAGUAGUAGCAAUCAAAAUCAUACUGGUGGACUAUGAUUUGGGUAACUUUAAGUUGGUAUCUAAAA